AGAAAGGACUGCAUCUUGAACCUGGACUGAGAUAAGGCCUCGCCAUGACGUCACGGCUGGACCGUUUGUUCGUGCUGCUGGAGGCGGGCGCGGGCGCGGCAACGCGGCGCGCGGCAGCGCGGCAACUAGGCGAGGUUCAGAAGGCACACCCUGAGGAGCUGCACCGAUUGCUACACCGCCUGAUGAAGCAUCUCCGCUCGCCCGCCUGGGAGACCAGGGUCGCCGCCUCGCAGGCAGUGGAAGCGAUUCUAACGAACGUUCCACAAUGGCAUCCCCCGCCCUUCACCGGAAAGAAAGAGGAGAAAUCGGAUUGCGACGGGCGGCUACGAUGCGAGACGUUCGACAUCGAGAAGGUUCUCCGCCACGGCGCACACCUCAUGGGCUCGGAGGGCCACGAGUACGACCUGGAUGAAGAGGCCCUUAAUGCUGCUGACAUAAACGAGCGUCUGUCGCGGCAGCGGCAGCAGCUCAACGCGCGCCUCGGCUUGGAGGUGGCGUCCGGCCUGGGCGUGGACCUGACCACCGCGCUGUACACCAACGACGACCUCUGUCCCGCCAAACCGCCACCAGUCAAGACUGAAGUGAUCAGGAGGCCAGUCCAAGAGCUAGUCCCAUCGUCAUCCAAGCCGCUCAGCUCUCGCGAGAUGAACUUAGCGAAACGCAAAGCGCGACAAGCGGCGUUCUGUAAACAGAAGUCGCGCGACUGCGAGGAGCCGCCCGCGCCGCCCACGCCGCCGGUGGAGCCGGACCGGAAGAAGAUCAAGUUGGAGAUCGACGAGUUUAGCUUGGAGCAGUCACUAGCGGUGCCGGACUGCUCCGGAGCGUGGGGCCCUAGCUCUCGCUGGCCGCUGGAGAGCUGGUGCGGCGCGCUGCAGGCCACGCUGUUCAGCGCGGCGUGGGAGGCGCGCCACGGCGCCGCCUCGGCGCUGCGCGAGCUGCUGCGCGCGCCCGUCGCCGCCUCCGCGGGGCAGGCCGCCGGCGACACCCCGCAGCAGAUGGAAGACGCCCACCAAGAAUGGCUGGAGGAUAUGGCGCUGAGGUUACUGUGCGUUCUGGCGUUGGACCGUUUUGGCGAUUUUGUGUCAGAUCAGGUGGUGGCCCCCGUGCGUGAGACAUGCGCGCAGACUCUCGGCGUGGCGCUCGCGCAGAUGCGAGCGCCACGCGUGCGCGCCGCGGCCGCGCUGCUGUCCACUUUAGCAGCACAACAACAGUGGGAGGCGCGCCACGGGGCGCUGCUCGGCUUCAAGUACCUGCUGGCCGCGAGACAGGAAGUGGCAUGCGACAGCGGCGUCAUCGAGCACCUGAUAUCGGGGCUGAGCGACCCCGCGGAGGACGUGUCGGCCGUGGCGGCGGGCGCGCUGGCGCCGGCCGCGGCCGCGCUCGCCGCGGCCAGGGCGGCCGUGCUGCCCACCGUCGUGGCACGGCUGUGGCAGCUGCUGCAUGACCAGGAUGACCUUGCUUCGCCUGCCAAUUCCUACAUGGCAUUGUUGGCUUCUCUAAUGGCCAUGCCGCAAGCGGCCAAACUCCUUCACCCCAUCGACUUGGCCGACGUACUGCCAAGGCUUUGGCCGUAUUUAGACCACUCCACCAGCUCGGUCAGAAAAGCUUCCCUCCAAACACUGAGGACUCUCACGAGACCGCUAGUCACAGAGGUUAAGGCUCCGGACACGAAUGGCAACGGCGAGUCCAGCAAUGGAGAGGUGAAACCAAUAAACGGCGUCCAAUAUUUAAUGUGGACCCCUGAACUACUACAAGAGGCUAUGAGACACGUUUACCAAAGAAUUUUGUUUGAGCACGUCGGCGAUAUACAGAUGAUCGCCGUGCAAGUUUGGGAGAAUCUCCUCCGCUACGCGCCGCUAGGAGUAGUUUUAGUUGCUGCCUGCCCGGUGCUGGCUACCUGGCUAUGCCUCGCCAUGCAGCCGGCCAGAUUACCUAUAGCACCCAAUCUUUUACUUCAGCCGCCAACUAAAGAAAAGCGGGCACCGACAAAACCGAGCCAAUUAGGAGAGGGCUUGCCGCCUGAGGCGAGGCCUAAUCAAAAAUGGUUCCUCGGUGGAAGCGAAUCUCAACCUACCUGCGUACGUGAUAAGAAUGUAACUCGAGCGCGCUGCCUCGCUGCAGAGAUACUAGGAUAUCUGUCCUGUUAUCUAGUACAACCGGCUCCCGGUAUCGAGUACAAACCUGAAGACGAAAGCCCUAUAGACUGCUUCGUAAAAGUAUUGUUAGUGCAUUUGAGAUCGUCGAGCGCGCUGCAGCGGCUGGUAGCGGGUCUAGUAGUCUCCGCGUGGGCGCGACGCUCCUUACACCACAAUCUCUUUCCCCCUCCGAUAUUCGGAGAAAAACGAGACGACAUCACCGACGAUCCAAUAAGUCGACUAGCUCCACCCCCACUAACAAUAACUUUACACUCGUCUCUCAACCAAGCGCUAUACUACGAUGAAGUGGCUUUAAACUGCAACAGAAUACUUCAAGAAGCUAGAGAUUUACUAGCAAUGAUGAAACACUAUAAACUACCAGUAGACGGCGAAGAAUUCAACAACAUCAUCCGUCUCGAGCAAGUUAUUCACAUGACAACAGUCACAGAGCCUAUGGUGGCGUCUCUAAAACUGAAACGGGUCGUUACGACGUUAGAGGAGCGUCGAAAGAAUCUCCAAACCGCCGUGAACCAAUGCGCGGCAGAACAGACUAUUCUAAACAUUUCAGUACAGGCAGCUUUAGCUGGCGCUUGUGCUAGUCUAAACUCGUUACCAGAGAAGUUGAACCCAGUGGUGAGACCCCUAAUGGAGAGCAUAAAGAAGGAGAUGUGGGAGGAACUGCAGGCGCAGUCCGCGGAGUCGCUGGCAGCGCUGGCGUCGCGUCUGGUGUGCCGCGAGCCUAGUCCUAAUAACAAGAUAUUGCACAACUUGAAGGCGUUUCUGAGAUGUGACCCUGAGUUCACGCCGCACGUAUCUUUGACCGAAAACACGGACGAGAAUGGAGACUCUGGUAGUGGCGACAGCGGGGCGGAGGGCAAGGCGGAAAGGGCGUUGCAUGGACCCACUAUGGACUCGUACGUGGGUAUACUGACCCUAUGGGAGCAGCAGCGAGCGGCGGUGAAGGUGACCCCCCGCCGCGGCCGGCCGCCGCAGCACCACGCCGUGCCCGACGUGCCGCCCGACAUCCUGCACGACCGAGAGGACGAGAACCGGAAAAAACUUCGCAUUCAACGAAGAGGGGCGACGCUAGCCUUCACUAGUCUCACGAGAUACUUCGGCGACGAGCUGCCGGAGAAAUUACCGAAACUUUGGGAGUUCAUCACGGAACCGUUCGCGAAUGUCAUGACUGACAGUGAGCUGGAAAGCGUCGACGUAGAAGCCUCCGAAGAGCUAAUCUCCCGCCUGCAAGUAUUCGAAGCGGUGUGCUCGUCGCUGGCGCCCCUCGCCUGGGAGACGGCCCGGCUCGGGCCGGGCGCGUGCGCGCGGCUGGCGCGGCACGCGCACACGGCCGUGCGCCACAUGGCGGCGCGCGCGCUCGCCGCCAUGGCGCGCCGAGACCCGCACCGAGUCAUGGCUACCGUUGUCAAAGAUCUGGUGCCAGCCCUGAGUGACAUGAGCGCCGUCCGCGUCCGCUGCGGCAGCGCCGAGGCUCUGUCCAGGGUUGUCGAAGCAUUGCAACUGCAAGUGGUGCCCUACAUAGCAUUGCUCGUCAUACCUCUAUUAGGUCGUAUGAGCGAUCACUGCGAAGCCGUCCGCGUGAUGUCCACUCGCUGCUUCGCUUCCCUCAUACAGCUCAUGCCACUAGACGGCGCUGCGCCCGAACCAGAAGGGUUAUCUCCAGAACUACGGACACGGCGGCUUAGCGACAAGCGCUUUCUGGAUCAACUGUUCAAUCCUCGCUCUAUUCAAGACUACAAAGUACCAGUGCCUGUGGCUGCAGAACUAAGGAGCUAUCAGCAGGCGGGCGUGAACUGGCUACGCUUCCUCAAUGAGUACAGACUGCACGGCGUGCUGUGCGACGACAUGGGUCUGGGCAAGACGCUGCAGUCCAUCGUGGUGGUGGCGUCCUCGCACGCCGAGCGCGCCGCGCGCCGCGACCACGACGCGCCUAGUCUUGUAGUCUGCCCGCCCACGCUCACAGGGCACUGGGUGUUCGAAGUAAACAAGUUCAUCUCCAGCAAGUAUCUAAAGCCGCUGCAGUACGUGGGCCCGCCGGUGGAGCGUGAGCGGCUACGCAGCCAUGUGAAGAACUUCAACCUGAUUGUGGCUUCCUACGACAUCGUACGGAAGGACAUUGACUUCUUCAGCGCCAUCAAGUGGAACUACUGCAUCUUAGACGAGGGCCACGUGAUCAAGAACGGCAAGACGAAGGCGUUCAAAGCCAUAAAGCAACUAGUCGCUAACCAUAGGUUAAUAUUGUCCGGAACGCCCAUACAGAACAAUGUGCUGGAGCUGUGGUCGCUGUUUGACUUCCUGAUGCCCGGCCUCCUCGGCACCGAGCGGCAGUUCACCGCGCGCUACUCGCGGCCCAUCCUGCUCGCGCGCGACGCCAAGGCCACGCCGCUGCAGCUGCAGGCCGGCGCGCUGGCCUGCGAGGCGCUGCACCGACAGGUGCUCCCAUUCCUACUGCGGCGCGUAAAGGAAGACGUGCUAAAGGAACUCCCGCCGAAGAUCACACAAGACUACUAUUGCGAGCUGUCAACUCUCCAGAGGCGUCUGUACGAGCAGUUCAGCAAGCACCUGCCGCCGCAGGUCACCCGCCAGCAACACGUGUUCCAGUUCCUCCACUACCUGCAGAACGUGUGCAACCACCCGAAGCUGGUGCUGACGCCGGAGCACCCCGAGUACAGCAAGAUACAGCAGCAGCUGGCCGCGCAGCGCUCCAGCCUCGACGACAUCGACCACGCCGCCAAGCUGCCCGCUCUCAAGCAACUCCUCCUAGACUGCGGCAUCGGCGUGACCCCGGAGGCGGGCGACGCCGGCGCCGUGGUCUCCCAGCACCGCGCGCUGGUGUUCUGCCAGCUGAAGAAGAUGCUGGACAUCGUGGAGCGCGACCUGCUGCAGCGGCACCUGCCCUCCGUGACUUAUCUCAGGCUGGACGGCUCCGUGCCGCCGCAGCAGCGCCACGCGCUCGUCACCAGGUUCAACAACGACGUGUCCAUCGAUCUGCUGCUGCUCACCACCACGGUGGGCGGUCUGGGCUUGAACCUGACGGGCGCGGACACGGUGAUCUUCGUGGAGCACGACUGGAACCCCAUGAAGGACCUGCAGGCCAUGGACCGCGCACACCGCAUCGGCCAGCGCCGCGUCGUCAACGUCUACCGCCUCGUCACGCGCGCCACGCUCGAGGAGAAGAUCAUGGGAUUACAAAAAUUCAAGCUCCAAACAGCGAACACGGUAAUCAGCAGCGAGAACGCCGCCAUCGAGACCAUGGGCACCGAGCAGCUGCUCGACCUGUUCCAGCCCUCUCCCUCCCCCUCCACCCACACCUUCACCCCCCACACCGCCCCUGGGCCCUCCUCGCUGGAGGCGCUGCCCGACCUGUGGGACGACCGCCAAUACGAGGAGGAGUAUGAUAUGUCACACUUUAUAAGGGGACUCAACACGCUGAAGGAAUAACUGUAGAGGCUUACACCAAAUCUUAGGCGGUCCUCACUCGGUGUAUCCACUCGCCGCUAUGUGCGAGCGGGAUAUACAUGGAUAGCGCUUUCUUGCUCGCAUAAGGCACAUUCUGGAGCGGCGAGCGGAUCUCUGAAUCAGUGAGAUUACCGCUUUAUGUAAGGGCAGUUCGAAUAUUUAUAGCCGUGAUUUCGGUUUUAAUUAGUAAGAUUAGUAAUGAAAGUAUAGUGAAAUGCCAACAUUACACAAAAAUGCAAACUAAGUUUUGAAAAGUUUUCAAGGCUUGGCCCAAAAAUACAUUGACAUUUUUUUACUGCCGCAUAUUGUUGAUAAUUUUAACCAAACGUUUGCGUUUGUGUAUCAAAGCUACAGGAUUGCAGUUUCGAUUUUGUAAAAAAAAGUGUAAUAUUUUUCUAAAAAUUCAUUAUCCACGUAUUUUUGGUAUUAGGCCUGUAGAAAUGUCGAUCUUCGCUAAGAAAGUUGCAAAAAAUGUAAGCAAAUCACCUAUCUUAAUCGUGAUAUAAUUAUUAUAUAUCCAGUUUUUUUAUUAUAAAUGCACUCGCCAUUUACUAAAUAAAUAUCAACACUAAAACAUAAUAAUAACAUAUUUUUUUAUAAAGUAAAGCAAAAUAACUGUCUGAAAGUAGUUAUAGAGCCUGGACUGAGUGGUCUCUGUUUAAAUGUAUGUUAAAUUUAUGGAUGUACGUGAAGUUAUUAUUAUAUAUUAGACAUUCAUAGCCAAAAGUUCAUUCAUUUUCAUAGAAAUAGUUUUAUAUAAAGUAGCAGUAGUGAAGCAACAACAGCUUUAGCAAGUUGCCUUAGUAAAGAGAAAUUUCAAUUACUGAGAUAAUAUAUCAAUAUCACUAUUUAUUCUGAAAAAAUAAAUCAAAUGUUAAAAACAUGAUCAGAGAGGGCUUACCGCGAAAAAGAAAAUCGAAAUUUCGUUAUCUGUCUCUCUAAACGCUCUUCUAUAUUCGUACGAUAGGGAGGCAGAUAACGAAAUUUCGAUUCGUGGAAGGAAGAAAAUCAGUUUUGGCAAAAAAUUAUUAAUGCGUCUCUACUGGAUUAUGUCUAAUUAAUUUCUGAGCCUAACGCGCUGGCCACGACAUGACAUUGGCUUCGGCUAAGGCGACAACCACCCCACCUCGAAAGGUCCGAUCGCUGUGUCUCGCGACAACCAUCGCUCCAACCUAUGGUUGUCGCCUUAGCCGAAGCCAGUCGCGCAAUGUCGUGGCUAGCGCAUUACAUGCAAUGUCCAAGAAAUAUUUGCACUGGGUGUCUUUGUUAGGUAAUGCCAAUAGCACUUAUAUUUGUAGCGAUUUUAUACGUUUUGACUACAUGUUUGAAGUAAAUAACUAUUGUAUUUGAUAGUAUUGACAGAAUUCGAAAAAUUAUUAUAAAACUGUUUGUUAGUAUUGGUGCGCUAAAAGGCGUAUUCUAGAUAUGAUAAAGUUCCCUGUUCCACUAGUCUAGCGUACAGUCGCCAUCAGAUAUAUAUCGGAGCGGCCGAGGUGCUCAAAAAUAUCUGAGCACGCACUAUAACGCCUUGACAAUAGAGGCGUGUUCAGAUAUUUGUGAGCAACUUGGCCGCUCCUUUAAAUUUGAUAGCGACCGUACAAUGUACUAAAUACCAGUAGGCUAAUAAUUACACGAAAAUGCAGGGACAGCGGCUACUGAUGUGCCGUUUGAAAGUUUCCGAAAUUGCGAUAUCUCCACAUGGAGAAGUUUCGGAAUUUCUCAUAUUUUUGUAUGGGAAUCGAAAUAUUCCAUUUCCAAAAAGUUUCCUUUCUUUCCUGUAGAAUGUUCCUGAUAUUUCCGACACAUUUUCAAAUUUUUUGGAAAGUUUCCACAUCUGUAACGGUGCCCAAGGGUCCUUUCCAAGGGCCAUAAUAGUAAUAUGUAAUAACCAUGAUAUCGUUUUGUAUAGUCGAGGUCCUAAAUAUGUAUGUAAUUCCUCUUAUUUUAAAUUGUAUAUAUAUUUGACUUCACUGUGGGCUCCAGUAUAAGGGCGCGUUUACACUGGGCCGCCUGACCCGUUCGACAGAAGCGAUAGGUGUUUAGUGUUUAGUUUAUUUGAUUAUAUAAGUCUUAAUACCUUUAUUAAACGUUAAUGACGUCAAUAACAUCGCAAAUUGUGAUUCUCUAGCUUACAUGAGUAAGUUCCUUAUAUGUAUAAGAAAUACCUCACUUCUACUCUUUAUUUAUUGUUAGAACUAAGAAAGACAGUCAUUGAUUUAGUCAUUUUCGUAGAUUUAGAGUGUGUUACGCUUAGUUAUUAUUGUACCUGCUCAAAUAAAAACGAACUUUGGACUUUACUUUUGUAUGCAAUAUUUCAGUUCAACUUCAAGUGUUGGGCAUUAAAAAAAAUCCUUACCCCGUUAUGGUUACUUGUUUUUUUUUUCCUUUUUUGUACGUGUGUGGAUGUGUUUGAAAUAAAAUUAAUAAAUAUGUUUUGUGAACAA